AUGGUGAGUCGGGCGACAGUCAACCGAUCCAACGACUUGAGGGUUGUGUUUACUGCCUUCGCGGCCUUUGGCAGCGGCCGCGACUCGGGCAUCUCAUCUGGCCUGGAGGGGCGCGCCUUCAGCAAGAUCUUCAAGGACGCCGGCCUCUACUGCCGCAAGUUCACCGUGACUGACGCAGACCUCAUCUUCACCUCGGUGAAGCCCAAGGGCGGCAAGCGCAUCUCCUAUGAUGCCUUUGAGCAGGCGCUGCAGAAGGUUGCUACCAAGAAGGGGGUGUCCAUGGCGGAGGUGGUGAGCACCAUCGUGGCGGCAGGCGGGCCCAAGAGCAACGGCACGCGCGCAGAGGCCUGCCGCUUCUACGACGACAAGUCAAACUGGACCAGCACCGCGCGCAACGGGGGCCCCACCAACGUGGACGGCCAGAAAGACCUGAGCUCGCUGUGCGACCGCACCGCCGCAGACGCCAGGGGCAUCAGCGCCAAGAGCAACUUCUCGCGCCAGCACUGA